CUCCGUGCAUACAUUCAGGCUCUGCCUCGUUUGUCGCUCCAAUGGCGGGCAUCCACGUCCCGGGGGGAGAAGCCGAUGCCCGCCGGCUGGGCAGCAAUUCAUUCAUUCACACGCACGCCAGUGGGCCCGCCCCGGAAAGACAAGUGACCGCCCAGGUUGAAAGAAAAGGCGAGAACCACGCCCAAGAACUGGUUUCCAUGGUUUGGCAACACCGAGUGCAGAAUACUUUGAAAUAAUUCUCUUUUACCUUCUCAAGGUCGACAAGGCUGCCGCUCUCCCCCUUUACCACUCCUCUCCUCUCCGUGGCCCGUCUUCUAUCCGACGCAGCGCUUCAUCGGGCCGCAACCCCCACUUAUCCCGGGCUCCGGUUUGGCUCCAAUCCCUCCCGGGCCCCCCGCACGCAGCAGAGUCGCCGAUCAGUUGCACCGGAAGCCCGUUACCUACCCUGAACCCUCGGCAUGCGCUCCGGGCCAUCCUCAUUCCGCAGGUACGGCCUGCGGAGCAACGGUUUCUUGAUCUUCUUCUUCAUCCCCAUCAUUGUGACGAGCUUUCUCGUCCUGCAGCCCCUUGGGCAGUUCAUCCCCAGCACCACGCGCCGAUCUCCAACCACACUCCCCGCCAGCGCAAGCAGUCACAUCACGGGCAACGAACCCAGUCAACACGCCAUCCGGGCGAGCGGCGCCGUGCACCGCCGCGCCGAGGCAGUCGGGUCCGUGUGCUCUAGCGAGGGCCAGUGGAACUGCAUGACGAGCUCGUGGCAGCGGUGCGCAGCCGGGCGGUGGAGCGAGGUCGUCAACUGCGCCAAGGGGACGGUGUGCGCGCCCGCGGGCCUGACCGACGACUUUCACGUCCAGCACGACGGAUCCGUGGAUGGCGGUGGCGGCAGGAAAACGGGAGGGAGCGGCGGGCAGAGUAAGGGGCCGAAGGGGUCAACGAGCUUGCCGCUGUUAGGCGUUGUUCUAUUGCUUUGGGCGUUUUACGUAUGAGCGACGAUGCGUGUCAUGGAUGGCACGUUGCGGGCGUUGGCUACUAGUAGUUCUCAAUAAUUUUAGCAAAGGCCCCUGGCGGAGAGAUAGGGGUUGCGGCAUUGCGACGUGUUGGUCCCCCUCACUCACAUGAACCGAUCAAGCUUUCUGGCUGGAAUGCAGGCGAGUGACGGAGUGCAAUAGUACUUUGUACGUGGCAACAGAAUUGACGGCUGUCAGGACUCAGCAUGACGUUUUGACAG